AUAUGACACUCCUGCUACUUUUGAUCAUGAACCAUGUAAUGGAUGUUUAAAACAACUAAAGAUGCUACUUUGUCACCUAGUCUACCUACAGAACUCAGCACCUGCACGUCCCGUCCAUGUGAGUUCAACACCGAGUGUUGUAACAGAGCAACUGAAAGCUCCAACACGUUUUGCUCCAAGUCAGUAACGGGUAAUGAUCAAAAAAGUAAUGACUGCUCAGGAAAGCCUCAAAAUGGCGGAACUUCCAAAGCCUGCGAUAGUGCAGAGACAGAGGCCAUACACAACAUUAUAAAUACAACGAAGCAAUCAAUGAACUGCAAUUUUAUGGAUCUUGCUAUUAAUGUGGUUAAUAUGAACUCAGUCCCGAGACACGGUCAUGUACAAAUCACCGCUCCAAAAGUUUCUAAUAAAACUCAAAGUGUACAGACAUGGAUCCCAGUGGAGGCUUUCCAAAAUGUCUCUGAUGACAAGCAAAAAGUUGGAAUAGUUACCUACAAUUCCAUUCAGCAGUUUAAUACGAAGAAUGUUUCUAUAAUGUCCGAUGUCAUACGGAUUGAAGUUUUUGGGCGUGACAUUGUGAAUUUGACCAAUCCACUUAUAAUACAUUUCCCAGUGAAUAAUUACACAAACCUCUCAUCCAAUAGCUACAUAUAUUCCUGUCAAUACUAUGAUGAAAAAGGAAAUAACACCUGGAAGGAUGAUGGCUGUAACACCACUCAGAUCAGUGAUGACGUUGUGGAGUGCUCCUGUGACCAUAUGACUGCUUUUGCUGUGCUUCUAGUUGAGUUGGAAAACUUUGAUGGAAAGCAUUGGGAAAUCUUGUCAUACAUCAGCUAUGUAGGCUGCGGUCUGUCUGCAGUCUUUUCUGCUUCCUCUGUCUUGUUGUUUAUUUUCAACAGGUGCUGUAAUCUGCAUUACAUUUAAUCAAUGUGCAUGUAAAUUUAUUAAAGCAGGUACAAUGGGUGGCAAAAAUGUGAAAAACCACCAUUAAAAUUCAUGUACAGUUCAUGUAUUUAACAGGAACGCAAGGUCAGAAGUGUCCAGCAGCAUCCACGUGUCUCUGAGCGGCGCUCUGUUUCUCCUCAACCUGAGCUUCAUGUUCAGCGAGUGGGGCGCCACACUGACAGUGAAAGAAGUGUGUGUUUUUAUUGCUGUGACUAUACACUACAGCCUGCUGUGUUCUUUCACCUGGAUGGCUAUUGAAGCCAUGCACCUCUACCUUCUUCUCAUCAGAGUGUUCAACAUUCACAUCAAAUACUACAUGGUCAAGUUGUCCUUGAUCGGAUGGGGAGUCCCUGCUGUUCUUGUUGGAAGUUUGCUGUCAGUUCAGCAACUCACACAUCCAUUCUAUGGCGCCAGAAAUGUGACCUUAUCAAAUUUGAAUGCAACAAAUCCAGUUUGCUGGAUCACAGAGCCUCUCAUCCUGUAUGGCGUAAACCUUUCCUACUUCACCAUCGUAUUCCUGUUCAACACAGUAGUUCUAAUCACAGUGUCCAGACAGAUCUUUAAGCUAAACAAAGUGGACAACAAGCAUAAGAAAAUACCAGUGAAGGAUGCCAGCACAGUGCUGGGCCUCAUGUGUCUGCUGGGUACAUCAUGGGGUUUGAUUUUUCUUGGCUCUGGAUAUACCAGCUACCCAAUACUCUAUGUAUUCUGCAUCUCAAAUACAACACAAGGGUUUUCUAUCUUUCUGUGGAUGUGUCGGACAGCAAGGCCAGACAAACAGAAUGAAGCUCUUUCCAAGUCUUUAUCCACUGUGGAUACCUUCAUCAUUGAAAAACAAAAGGAAUAGCCAAUGCCUAACAUUUAUCAACCAAAAUGACCAAAGCUUGUUAAAUGGCAUGAGUUUUUUUUUUUCUUUUUUUUUCCCAUUCCAUAUGGUGCCUCUAGAGGAGAAACAAUUCCACACUCUGGCUGUGUCUGAAAUCCCCUCUACACCCUUAUCCACCUCAUUUUGCAAUGCAAAAGUAAGCUGUUUUCUUUUAAUGAGUGAUUAAUUAGCCGCUAUAAGUAAAUAACCAGAAGAAUAACAAGUGCAGUAAACAAUAAAUCCAUUUGCACAACAAACUAGUACGUUUAUGAUCAUGACAGUGAAUUAAAAUAAUAUAUCUAAUACCAGUUUACAAUAUAAAGCAGCAUAACGUACUGCUUUUAUAAGGGUAAAAUAACUGGGAGUGAAUAACACAGAAAGCCUCGCAAAUUCACGUUACAAAUCACCGAACCCGCUCUCAUGAUAAAAAUAGGGUGAAUACAGUGUACCAUUUCAAGGGGACAGCCUUUUGUUGUGGUUUCUAAAACCACAGUGCUCAUUCAAUCCCACAACGCAUCACAAUAACAAGUGCACCACUGAUAUACACUCAAUGGCUAGAGAAUACCUGUAAUACACUGGAAAGGCCCCAAAUAUUUAAAGUGAAAUCAAACUGCUGUCACAUUUCAAACAAACUAAAACAUCCAAAUACUGUUUUUUGCAUACUAUAUAGUACAUACUUCAUAUUUGAAUGCAACGUCACUGUCUGAAUUCACUACUCAUUUUUAUUUACUCACUGGACUAAUGUGGGGAAUAGUGAAUCAGGGUAUGGGGCGAUUUUGGAUACUUUGCCAUCAUUUCAUUUGUUCCAAAUCUGUGUGACUGACUUUCUUCUGCAGAACACAAAAUAUAAUAUUUUUUGAACUAUUAUCAGACAACUGUUUUGACUAUACGAUAUAAAAAAUGAGUGGGGUUCAAAAAUAACAUUUCAAUCUUGAAGAACACUUCAAUCUUUAGAGGCGUUUCACUAUAUUUACAGUACAG